GCAACAGCAGCGGGGCAGGAGCUGGGCGGAUGUGUGCCCCGCUGGGAGAUCCCUGCUACCUUCAUCAGCACCCCCUCCUGAGAGGCCAGGUUUGCUUUAAAGACCCUGGCUUCCUUUUAUUGCUUCCCCUCUCAGAUUGCAGCGCCUGCCAGGGCUAUUUUUAGCAGGCUGCCUUCUAAAAAUAGCCCCGGGCUGUUUGGGUUGCGUCAGGAGAGGUAACCCUGCACACCCCAGGAGGGUACAAAAGAAGGCCGGCAGGGAGCAGCAGGGUCAGCAGGUUCAGACGCAGCCAGAGGCGAAGGAGGGAGCAGCAUCCCAGUGCCAGCAGCAUGACCAUCUUCUGCAGCCACUGCCACAGGCCGCUGCAGGCAGAGAUGAGCUGCCUGCCCAGGAGGGGCAAGGAGAUGCCCAGGGCCUCCAAGCCAUUCAGGUCAACCAAGAGUGCCUCCAAGGCUCGCCGGGACCAGAUCAACAUGGAGCUGCAGGCACUGCGCUCCCUACUGCCCAUCUCAGCACGGGAGAAGGAGCGGCUCUCCUACCUCCACACCAUGGCCCUGGUGUGCCUCCAGCUGCGGGGGGCUCAGCUUUUCCCCCCAGGCUGCGCUGCUCCUGCAGGACCAGCCCUUGGCACGGAGCUGCUGUCCCUGCUCCCAGGGUUCCUGCUGGUGCUCUCGGCCGAUGGCAAGCUGGUCUACAUCUCAGAGAACGUGGCCCAGGUCCUGGGCCUCUCCAUGGUGGAGCUGCUUGCCCAUGGGGACAUGGUCUUUGACAUCCUAGACCCUCAAGCCCACGAGGACGUGCGCAAGAAGCUCCUCCUCGCCCAGGAGGAGCCGGGCAGGGAAGUCACGUUUGUGUGUGAGAUGCGCACCUCCAAGGCCUUUCAACUGCAGCACAAGGGGAAUCGGGCCGUGGUGGUGCGCGGGCGCUUCACAGCCCUGCGCUGGCCGCCCUCCCGCUCCACCACAGCCUUCCUGGCCCUCUGCAGCCCGGUGAGGCGGCUGCCUGCGGAUGCUGGCUCCCAGGAGGACCUGUUCCAGAGCACACACAGCCUAGACAUGACAUUUACCGAUGCCACGGAGAGUGUCACCUACCACCUGGGCUACCACAGGGAGGAACUGAUGGGUCAGUCGUGGUACAGCCUCCUGCACCCUGAGGAUGCUGACCUGGCAGCCUCCCAGCACAGGGCCGUGGAUCUCUCUCACAUGUCUUUUGAGGAACUGCUGCAAAUGCAGAAUGACGCAAGAACAAGUGUGUGCAAGCAAAUGACCAGGGGGAAGAAAACUGCCAAACCUACCAAAGCUCCAGCGAAGCAGCAGCAAGGCAAAAAGGGGCCAUUGGAGAUGUCUGCCAAGAAGCCUGUACCUUUUCUGCGCCAGGUCGUCUCUGUCAGAAAGAAGGUCCACAGAGACCCUCGAUUUGAUGACCUCUCUGGAGAGUAUAAGCCUGAAAUAUUUAUGAAGACUUACAGCUUCCUGGACAGUAUCAAGAAGCAGGAGAAAGAGAUGAUUCAGAAACAGCUGAAAAAAUGCCGGAACGUGGAGCAGAAGGAGAAACUCCAGCAGCUCCUGAACCGCAUGACACAGCAAGAACAGGCACAGAAAAAGCAGCAGAAAUUGAGGGAGAGGGAGCUCUCUUGGAAGAGACAACAGAGGGAAUUGGCCAAGCAGGGAAAGAAGCCCUUCUUCCUGAAGAAAUCUGAGAUGAAGAAACUGGAGCUAGCUGAUAAGUAUGCAGAGUUGAAGAGGAGUGGGAAGCUGGAAAGCUUCCUGAACAAGAAGAGGAAGAGGAAUGCCAUCAAAGACAAGCGCCGCCUGCCCUCGCAGAAGAGCUUGUGACUGCUGGACAGACAUGCUCUUGUCUGGCACUGGGACUCUCUCUGUCUGGGCCAGGCCCUUUUCCUGGUAUCUGUCUGUCACUGUACAGUGCUGACGUAGGGCAGCAGAGUCUGAACUAAAGAAAAUAAUCCUUUUUGUAGCUGAAAUGUCCUCUUUGCUGUGGUUUACACCACACCUGGGUUGUGACAAGUCUGUCAUGCAGGUGCACUUGUCACUGAGAGCUGUCCCUGUCCAUGCACCUGCCCAUCUCUUCCUGUAGCUGUGAGAGCACAAGCCCUACCCUGCAUUGCUGCCUCUACUCCAGGUGUUACUAUUCACCACCUGAGGUGGGAAUAGGAAGCCUCUUGGCCUCUCUUGGGCAGAGAGGCUCUAGUUCAGAGCAGGGCUAGCACUGGCUUCAGAGCAGGUUGCCCAGGGCUUUUUCAGUUGGCUCCGGGAAAAUCCAGGGACAGAUGCUACCACCUCUCUUGGCCUCUGCUCCACUGCUUUGGCUUCUCAAGAUGCAAACUCCUUUUAAUCCUGAUCUAGGAAGCCUGCCUGGUUUUAGCCCCUACGUAUUGUCUUGUUCUCAGGGAAGUGCCUAUCCCCAUCUUCUCUUGUCAUAGGUCUGGGGUGUGAGAAGAAAAGGGGUCUGUUAGGUCUCCCCAAAGCCUCCUCUUCCUGAGUGUGCAUAAACCCUGUUGUUCCCUCAGCCUUUCCUUGCAGUGCUCCUGCCUCUGACAACUUUCACAUCCUCAGAUGGAGUCAGCCCAGAGGACCAGCAUCUAUCUUCUGGGGGAGCAGCCUGGAUGCAGUGUCUGGAUGUGGUCUCACAAGUGCAGUGUACGAAGUAAAACGCCUCCGUUUGCCUUUAUUCCUGGCAGCAGUGCCAGUACAGACAAAAGUGAA